AUGGAACCUCCAGUUUUAUAUAAUUGUCCAAAUGACACAGUUAUUGGAACAGAUACGGGCCUUGCAACUCGUAAUUACAGUUGGACAGCACCAACAGCUGACGAUAAUGCCGAUGAUAAUCCAUGGAUAUCCUCAAACAUCUAUUCACCUCACGUGUUUGAAAUUGGUGUGCACAACAUCACAUUUAAUGCUACUGAUGACUCUGCCAAUGUUGCAACUUGUAGCUUUACUGUAGAUGUCAGAGAUACGGAGCCUCCAUCAUUUAAUGGUACAUGCCCUUCCAGUCCAUUAGAGGUACCAACAGAUACUAGAGAUGACAGGCCGUUUGGUGAAAUGUUUGCAACUGUGACGUGGAAUAUACCAACAGCAAUUGACAAUGUGAAUGUGACGAUGAUUACUAACAGCAGUUAUCCUGGUCUUCAAGUGUAUUUCAAUUUGAGCUCUUUGUAUGAUCUGAAUGUAACAUAUAUUGCGUUUGAUGAAGCUGGAAAUAAAGAAUUGUGCAACUUUUUAGUGAAAGUCAUUGAUGUUGAAAAUCCCUUCUACUAUAACUGUGAUAACACAAGUGGUGCAGCUGAUGUUACCCUUUACACAUCUGUAGGUGUUGAUUAUGCACCAUAUUCUUGGUCACCACCCAUAUCAGGUGACAACAUUGAAAUUGAUGCAGCUAGGUCAUCAACAAAUAUGUCACCAGGUCAAGACUUCAGUAUAGGUGUCACUGAUGUUGUUGAUUUAAUAUAUGAUACAUCUGGCAACAAAGCUAGUUGUAAUUUUACAGUUACUGUUAUAGUCUAA